AUCCCUACUUAAAUGUUUAGGCUUGAGAUAACUUCCAUCCCCCUCAAAGAUCAGCGAAGGAUCCUUUGAGAAGUGUUCGGUCGUUUGGUAUUUAUGGCAGAGGAAAAUCAAGGACAAGGAACUAAUACUCCUCAAGAGAAACCUAAUGACCCCUUACCAAGGUCUUACAACCAGCUUCUGGGGACAAAUAAUCCUACAAAAACAAGUUGGCCUGAGCUGGUUGGAGUCACUGCAGAAGAAGCAGAGAAAAAGAUAAAGGAGGAGAUGGCUGGGGUUGAAAUUCAAGUGGUGCUUCCCGGUUAUUCUGUCACUUUUGAUUACAAAAUCCAGCGAGUUCGAUUGUAUGUUGAUGAAUCAAAAAAGGUCAUUAGGACUCCAGUGAUUGGUUAAUCCA